CAAAGAAAAACCGGGAAAACACGCCGGCUCCGCCUCACUCGCGCCCGGCGCCCGCCCCUCCGUCGCCGCCUGCCGCCGCCUGCCGCCGUCCUUCCGACCGCCACACUUCCUCCGCUUCACGCGCUCCUGCAGAAAGCCUCUCCAAGGGCCAAGGUGGCAAGGCCCUUCCUAUCCACGCAACACCAGAGCAGCAGAACCCUAGAUAAACCCUCUCGGGGGCUAAGCUCCGGCGGCGGCGAUGGUGAGGGUCCCUCCCGGCGAGUGGGUCCCCCACGUCGAGGCCUACGUCGACGUCUCCCGCCCCGCCGCGCAACACUCUGCAAGCGUGGAUGCGCUUGCUGCCCUGGUGAACAAGGACAACUUGACCCUCUUCGAUUUGGUAUCCAAGAUGGAUAUGUAUUUGACGACAACAGACCACAUUGUCAGAUCAAGAGGAAUACUGCUUCUGGGGGAAAUAUUGUCUCGAAUUUCAUUUAAAUGUUUAGAUGUCAAUACAAUUACAACAUUGUCAGACUUCUUUAUAUCAAGAUUGUCAGAUUGGCAAGCAAUACGAGGAGCCCUUGUUGGUUGCCUGGCUCUAUUGCAUAGGAAACAAGGUGUUGGUUGUAUCGUGAUUGCUGAUGUCAAAAGACUAGUUGAGUCUUUCUUACAGAAUGUUCCAGUGCAGUCACUUGCAGCUGCUGACCGCAAGCUGUGCUUUGAAAUUCUGAGCUGCAUACUGGAUCGGUACCCAGAAGCUGUAAAACAAAUGGAUGGUGAACAGCUGUAUGGGAUCUGUGAAGCAAUUGAUGAAGAAAAGGAUCCAGAGUGCUUGAUGCUUUCUUUUCAUGUAGUGGAAGUUGUCAUGAAGCUGUUUCCAGAUUCAUCUGGUUUGGCAGCACAGUUUGCAGGGGAUGUUUUUGAGAUUCUGAGCAAGUAUUUUCCUGUCUACUUCACACAUGGAGUGGGUAAUGGUUUGGAUGCUACACGGGAAGACCUCUCUAGAGCAUUGAUGCAUGCUUUUUGUUCAACUCAAUAUUUUGAGCCUUUUGUCAUCCCUUUGCUUCUUGAUAAGCUUUCUUCUUCUCUUCCAUUGGCAAAGAUUGAUUCUUUAAAAUAUUUGGACAAUUGCAUUCGCUUCUAUGGAGCUGAUAGAAUGGUUAGACAUGCAUCAGCUGUUUGGUACAAGUUGAAAGAAGUGAUUUUUGACCUUUCUUCAGAUCAGUUGCUAAUAUCAGAGGCUGUGAAUUGUUUGAAGACUGCUAUUAUGUAUACUGAUUCUUCAGAUAAAGAUCUUUUUAUUAAUUUGAUCUUGUUGGAUGAGGAUAUUGUGAACAAGAUUCGCUCUGUAUCAAGUGUGGAGAAGUCCAUAUUGAGUUCAUCAGAGGACCUGGCCCAACUGCAUGCACUUGGAAGUGUUAUUUCUAUUCUUGCUGAAUCAUCUACAUAUUUCUGUACUAGAGUUCUUCAAGAGCACUUUGUUCACUUGGUAGAUAUUGUGGGAACCAAAGCUGACUAUGAAUCUCAGCAGUUGAAUAAUUGUAAUGGAUCAUCUUCUGCUCCCGUCAACUAUGGAGCACUCUAUUUAUCUGUUCAAUUGCUUUCAUCCUGUAGAGAAGUGGCUUAUAAAGAUUGUUCUUCGGUUAAAUUAGCAAAGGAAUCCUGGUGGCUUAUCUUAGAGAAAAAGCUGGAGCAGUUGAUCCAUCUACUUCGAUCCUUUUUUACUGUAACUUCUCGGUCUAUGCAGCCACUGUUUAGACAAGAAUAUGUCUCUUGUGCUGUGAAGGGCUUGCUAACACUAGCAACAUUCCCAGAACAGUGCUCGCCUCUGCCAGCAAAUGCUUAUGAGGAUAUUCUGCUUAUGUUUACGUCAAUAGUUAUAAACAAGUUUGAAAAUGUAGAUCUGUGGAGAUUGUCAUUGAAAGCAUUGACCAGCAUUGGUUCAUCUAUUGCCGAGUUCCAUGCUUCUGAAAGGGAAGUGGUUUACUACAGAACGGUUGUUGACAAGAUUGUUCCUUUGGUUGAAUCUUAUGAUACUUCAAUGCCUCUGAGUCUAAGACUCGAAGCAAGUUAUGAAGUUGGAACUGCUGGGUUGAACUAUAUGUUAAGAGUUGCGAAAUCACUUGAAGUCGCUGUUGUCACGAAUAUUUCUGAAUCUGAGGCUAAUGGAAGAAUGGAAUGUGCUGAACAUGUGGCCCGUUUAUUUGAGUGCUACUCUAGCCAGGUCCUUCCUUGGUUAUUAACUUCUGGUGGUGUCAAUGAACUUGCAUUGAGCUUCGCUCUGCGUCUAUUGGAUGAGACUAAGGAUUUGACUGUGUUAGAUAGAAUCAGCUCACAGGGUCUCCUUGACUCACUAAUGACUGGGAUGAAGCUUUUAGUUGGAGUAUGUACAGAGGAGCAACAAUCACUUAUCGUUCAGAAAGCAUAUAGCAUAAUAUCUUCAAUGCUCUCACUCCCAAUGAAAUUGAUGACAGGCCGUCUUUUGGCUGUAGAUGAGUUAGUUCCUUCACAUUCUGUUCCGGAAACCGCUCUCAUCAGCAUGUUUUCGUCGAUUAUAGUAGGCCUUCGGCCUCAAACACCUGUACCAGAUAUGAUGGUGAUGAUUAACCUCUUUACUGUCUUUCUACUAAAUGGGAAAAUCCCAGCUGCUUAUGCAUUAGCUUCUAUUUUCAAUAAAUAUCUACACAGUCCAGAGUUUUCACGCGAGAAUCAGCUGGAUAAAAUACUUGAUGAUAUUCUUGAGAGGUGUUUCUCAACUGUAUUAGCCAACAGCUCCUCAAAGAUAUCCCACUCUUCUGCUGGCACUUCAGAUGAUGUUGAUUCCUCAGAUGUCUUCUCUGGAAACAAGCUUUCUAAGAUUAAUAUCUUGUCUAGUUUGGCUUGGAUUGGCAAAGGAUUACUUAUGAGAGGAGAUGAGAAGGUGAAGGACAUUUCAAUGUUUCUUCUUAAGAUUCUAUGCUCAGAUGAGAUUUUGGCUAGUAUUCCAUUCCAUCAGGAAGAACCUUAUAGCGGCAAUUCAUCAGAUACUUCUCUUGCAAUAUCUGCAGCUAGUGCAUUCCAUGUGAUGAUGAGUGAUUCAGAAAUGUGUCUAAAUAAAAAAUUUCAUGCAAGAAUAAAACCAUUAUACAAGCAGCGUUUCUUCUCAAUACUGAUGCCGAUCUUCCUCUCUAAAAUUAAAGAAACAACUGCAGUCACGACAAAAUUGGCAGUAUACCGAGCUUUUGGGCAUAUCAUUUCCAAUGCUCCAGUACCAGCAGUUAUAACAGAAGCACACCAGAUUUUACUUGUGAUGGUUGAUAGCUUAGCUAAAUUAAGUUUGGACAUUGAGGACAAGGAUCUGGUGUACAGUUUGUUACUUGUCUUCUCUGGAAUGUUGAUGGAUGAAAAGGGCAAAGAAUGCAUUCUGGACAAUAUCCAAAUCACAAUCAGUGUUCUUACCGAACUUGUUUCCUACCCUCACAUGAUGGUUGUGCGGGAGACAGCAUUACAAUGUUUAGUGGCCUUUUCUACGUUACCUCACUCAAAAAUUUAUCCUAUGCGGCGUAAGGUUGUACAAGCAGCAAUCAAGGCUCUCGAUGAUAAGAAAAGAGCUGUUCGUCAAGCGGCUGUUAGAUGUCGGCAAACAUGGCAAUCCUUUGCUUAAGGGAGUCUCGUUCCCAGUAGUGGUCACACGUAGUUGGGGGGCAGCACGUUGCUUACUGGGUGACCCUGCUGGGAGUCAACGAGUAUACAUGAUUGGUAUGCAUGCUCCAAUCUUUAUGGUUGUCCUGAUCGGGGAUGUUUGGGUUCUGCAGGCGGAGAAUGCCGGGAGGGACCUGGCCACGGGUUUUCUAUUCUAGCCGUUUUUUAUGGUUUCCCAUUGGUUCACAACUCUUCUACUCUUGGCACGCAACCGUUUACAGCUUGUUAUAAUAUUAUUACGUGGUUUCGA